AUGAAUAGAAACGUCAAAGAGAGUGAUCUAAACUCCCAUCAUCUGAUUUCAAGCAAAACCAACUCUAGUAGUCUCAAAAUUUCAUGGCAAUUCUUCUUGAACUGUAUGAUAGAAAUAUUUGAGACUCAAUACAGCACAAGAGCUCCUUACAGAAAUCAAUUAUUUAUUGAAGUUGCUAAAAACAUGAUAAUGCUUAUUCAAAUCCUAUCAUUAUUUUGGUACCCAAGUAUAUCUGUCAGUAACUGAAGCUCCUAUUCGACAUUUUGGAAUUUUUUGUGGUACUUUAAUUAUGACAGUUUAUGUAUGGAAUUAAACAUUUUCUCUUAUUGCUGUAUAAGUGAAGCGUUUGCGCUUUGCUAUUCAAUUUUUAUGAUAGUAUUAUAUUGCAUACUGAAGCUCUCUAGGCAUAAUUUACCCAAAAUAUUUCUUUUCUUAGCUAAAGAAUUGAUAUCAUUUUUAUCCUCAAUAUCCUUUAUUCCUAUUUUAACUACUCUACUAGUGAUUUUUAAAUACUCGGCAUUUGAAUACACAGAAGUUCAAGAAUAUUAUGAACAUGAUGUAAAUAAAUUGAAUUAUGGCUUAUUCGGAUCAAUUUUUUGCCCUAUCCUUAUUGGUUUCCUUUUUAUGUCGGCGUUUAUAAAUGAGCUUGUUCGAGCAGAUAUAAAGCAUUCCUCAUUUGGGAAAAACUUAAUAGCAAGGUCUGAUUCAACAUGGGAUUUGCUAUGAAUAACUUUUUGUGCUGUUCAAUGCUUUUUAUUUGUGUUUAUGGAUAAAUCUGCAGUGCUAUUUUAUUUAACAGUACUGCUAAUACUAGGGUUAUAUAUAUUAUGUUGCGGUUUUCGCUAUUUACAUUAUUACAGUCCUGUGGAAAGUUCCAUACAGAACAGCAAGAUAGGCUCAAUCUGUACAGUUCUUAUAAUUUUUAUACUUGGAUAUACAAUCGAUAAUGCUGCUACAAUGACAUUAUUAAGCAUCUUUCUAAUGCCCUUGGUAACAGUUUUUAUCACAUAUUGGACCCAUAAGAAAAACUUAAAACUUCAAAACUAUAAAAAGAACUCGUUAAAUCAAUUUUCCUUUGAGCAUUCUAUGAGACAUUUUCUAAUAAAUAAAAGCUGCCAAAACAUUGAGGGAAUUAUUCGACUAUUUUCAAACUGUUUUCAUCAUGAUAAAUUUAAAAAUACCUCUCUCUUUGUCAUAUGAGAGGUAAAUUUUAUUCAAUAUAUUGCUAAAGACGAAAGGCUAGCUAGAGUAAGGCUUGUCAAAAUUAAUAGAGCAGAAUUUAGCAUUGAAGGGACCCUUCAAAAGUAUAGAAUUUUAAAGAAAUUAAAUAGCAUAAAAUCAAAAAAACUGGCAGAAGUUGAUUAUUUGGAGUAUUUAACUGGGAUUGAUGAAGCGAAAAGAUGUGACGAAGAAAUUUGUCAAACUCUAUUGGAUUUAUGAACUGAAAUCGUAUGUAAAGCCCCAGAAAUAAUAAAGCUCAGAAAUCUGACUGAAAGAGUUGCUGAUCUUUCUAGUAAAGUCAAAGAACUAUACAGCAGUCUUGCAGAUAAAAACAAAUUUUCAGAAGUUUUUGAAUUAUAUGGCUUUUUCUUAAUAAAUAUUCUUGGGGAAUCUCAAGAAGGAAAUUUAAUACUAAAAAGGAAGCAUAGCUUUAAAGAAUUUAGCUCACUCCCUUCCCUUUAAAUAUAAUAAAAAAAUUUUAUAUAUAAAAAAUCAUCAUAAUUUAUAUGUAAAAAGUAUUGAUAUAAGUUAAAUGUUUCUUCUUAACUAAAAUUAAAGAUUUGGUUAUAUCUUGCUUUUGUUUAAAGAAAAGAGUAUAAAGGACAUCUUAUUUAAAUAAAUUUAUUAUCCUUAAUUGUUGAAAUUUUUUUAAAAAAAAAUUUUUUUUUUUUUGAUAAAAUAAUAUUUUUUCUUUAAAUAAUAUUGAUAUAAAAUUCAAUGCGAAUUCUUUACAAAAAUUCAAAAUUUACUUAUUACUUGCUUUAUGUUAAAUAAUAGAGUAUAAAUAACAUCAUAUUUAAACAAAAUUAACACUUUGAUCGAUAAAUUUUCUAAAAUUCAUUUUUUAAAUUUUUUUAUCAAUAAAAAAUUAUAAUUUUUGUGUGAAUAGUUUUGAUACUAUUAAUUAUGGUGUAUUAACUAAUAAUGAAAAUUUAGUUAUAUCUUGCUUGUUUUAAAGGAUAGAGAGAGUAAAUAGCAUUUUAUUAAACAAAUUUAUUAAUCUGAUUCGAUAACUUUUUAGAAUUUUUUUUUUUUAAAUUUUUUAUUUAAUUUGUUUUUAAAAAAAAUUUUAUAUUGAUAUUUUUUUUAAAAAAAUUUUCUUUACCCCUCUUUAAAUUGGAACAAAAUUUUUUGUACCAUUUAAAGGGGGGGAGGCAGCAACAGGAAGCCAUAAAACGCUUGGAACUUAUAGUGAAACUCAAGGCGUUAUGCUAAUCUCUACAGCUUCCGACUCAUUUGGAGCUAUUUCAUAUAUUAAUGAAAAGGCUGCAAUGAUUUUGAAAGUUUCUCAACUCGAAGUGGCAGGUGCUGAUUUCAAUAUGUUUGUUCCUAGACCUUUUAAUAUUAACCAUAACCAAAAACUGAAGCGAUUUUACGAGAACUGCACGGAAACUGUGGUAAAUAAGCUGUCUUCAUUAUAUUUAUUAGACCAUGAAGGAUUUAUUAUAGAGAGCUACAUACUAGUAAGACUCACAGCAUUUAAUAACAAAGCUUAUUUUAUGGUCUCUUUUUCUCCUGUUAGCACCUCGAGGCAAGCCAUUCUUAUAUCACAAGAUGGACUGAUUUAUGCUCACUCUAUGCAAUUGCCAUCUUUACUGGGAAUGGACAAACUGGAUUUGUCAGAUAUGUAUAUUUCAGAGCUGCCAAUGGGAGUUUUUAUGCAGAAUUUAAUUCCUUUUGAGCCAUAUGUCGUCAAAUUAUAUCGUAAAGAAGUUAUAGUCGUUUAUAUCACCAAAAAUCAGAGGGGGGUAAUAAUUCAUAUAAUUUUAGUGAUAAUUGAUCAAUAUGAAAAGGAAAAAUGAAAAAAUAGACAAUCAGAUGAGCAAAUUGAGUAUUACACAAAGGUUUCACCAAUACUUGAAGUUGCUAGUGGUGUUUAUGAAAGAGAAAGCUUUGAAAAUGAUAAAAAUAUGAACAUUGACUCUCUAAUGCCUUCAAUCGCUGAAAAAACAGUCUUAUUACCCCUGGGAGUGAAAAUAUUUUGCUCGAUAAUAUGGAUUAUUUUUUUUUAAUAUUUUUUAGAAUAAUGCAUUUUCGAAAGUAAAAGUAAAUUAAAUUUAUAAAAUUUAAAAUUCAAUAGAAAUGGUCGAGAUUUUAUAAUGAUUAUUACUUAAUAUCAAAACAUUUUAUAUUAAAAAGUAAUUUUAAAAAUUUUUUUUUUUCUAUCUUGAGGGAUUAAUUUCGAAGGAAAGGAGUUAAUAAAUACUACUCAUGGUGCAACCAGCGAAAAUCGUGAAGAUGAUGACAUUGAAAGAACGCCAAUUCUCGAUAAUAGUACUUCACAAGCCUCCUCAAUAGACAGUAAGUGUUAUAUAGAAAUUGCAUUUAAGUAUGUAGGAGAGACUAGCGUUGCUAUUGUCAAAUUUCAAUGGGUUCUGCUCUUAGCUGUAUUUUUUAUGCAGAUUAUUUCAAUGAUUGGGACAAAUAUGGGGAUUUUAAUAUACAUCAUAGAUAAUGUCACUCACACAAACUCUUUGGAAACCUUUAACCAUCUAGGCCAAAUAAUGUUCCAAAUUGGGUCAGUCGCUGACCUUGUGAGGUCAAUUGAUCUUGAGCUCACUGAAGGUAAAUACAACCUCACUAGAGACUUAGGGUAUUUAAGCCAAGGAAUUGACACUUUAAUUAGUUUGCAAGGCACUAUUCUAAAUGAUAAAUCAACGUGAAGCUAUUGCAAAAGCUCAGAAAUUGUGACUGAAAAAAUGAUCCCUUUGUGGGAAAUUAAUGAUUGAGAUGUUAAGCUAGAAAAAUAUAACCUUUAUGAUACUGUUACACUUUUUAUUCAACGGGUAUUCUUUACAUAGGAGCAAGAUUUAUUAAAAGAUGCUACAAAGAAAAAUAAUUUGUAUGAAGACAAUAUAAAAUGACUUAUGAUUAAUAGUCUGAGUUUUGCGUUUUCCUCUAUAGAAGACGCUUUGUCAGAUUUGGUCCUCUGUGAGCAUAAUAGAAUUUCAGAUACUGGAAGUAUUAUAAAUGGUCUUUUGAUGCUUGGGGUGAUAAUUUUAGCUAUUUGUUUAGGAGUGCUUGUAUAUUUUAUAGUUUCGCUUACCCCUCCCUCCGUGAGCAAAAAAUCUAGCUAGUAUUUUUGCUGAUGAAUUUGGAUAAGAUUCAUGCCAUGAAUAUUUUAAAAACGACCACUCCUAUUAAAUUUGUCUAGUGAUCGAACUCGAUGACUUGAAUUUUUAAAAAUUUUCCAUUAAAUUGCAUGCAAAAUUAUGAUUUUUGGUUCUUUUUUUGAAAGUUUGUUGAAUAUUUAUUGCAAGUCCUUCUGUAGCUGAAUUCUUUAAAUUCCUUUUAAGGCAGUUGCUAACGCCUACCGAGACUAACUAGCUUGCAUUUUAAGCAUAAAUUUUACAAAGCAAGUUAUUUUUGUUUUCCAAUUUUUGCAAAUUGGGAUUUUUUCUAAUUUUGAAAAAAAAAGAUGUAUUAUAUAAUUUAUAUAUAGCUUAUAUCCCUUUAUAGAUUUCUUUAUCGAGCAAAAUGUAUUGGACUAUUGAACGACCAAGAAAGACUUUAUUAAAGGAAUGGGCUGGAUAUCUAUAUCAGGAAGUGCUAAAAAGUGACAUGUCAAAAAAUGGUGACAAGUGUGAAAAAGUUGACAAGUAAACGCGCCAAUUUUUAAAACGGAUUUAUUAUUAAAAAAUUUAAAACUUAAGAUGCUCAAUUAGACUGAAGAUAAUAAUUGCACAUUAUAUAUUGGUCCUAAAUAUUUUGAUUUAUAUGUAUAUUCAAAAUUAAUAGUGGCUGUAAAAAUCAAAAACUUGCCACUCGAUGUGUAUUUUUCCGGAACGUUAGAAUUCCCUUUUUUUUAAUGCUAUAAUUUGCAAAGUCGUGCUUUGCGAAUAUCAAUAACUAAUGAGUUCUUAUCGACUAAUAUGUACGGUGUUUAGCAAAAGUUAAAUAUGGCUUAUAAGUGAAAUCAAAAACUUGCCAAUUGAUGUGCAUUUUUCCGGAAGGAUAUUCAUCUCUUAUUUUAAUGCUAAUUUAUUUAUGAAGACAAGAGCUAUAAUUUGCAAAGUGCGUGACUUGUGAAUUCAAUUAACUUCGGAGUUCUUAUCGACUCAUAUGACAAGUGUUUAGCAAAAGUUAAAUAUGCAUAUAAGUGAUAAUCAAAAACUUGCAACUCGAUGUGAUUUUUCCGGAACGAUAGAAUUCCUUAAUUAUAAUACUAAUUUAUUAAUGAAGACUAGAGCUAUAAUUUGCAAAGUGCGUGACUUGUGAAUUCAAUUAACUUCGGAGUUCUUAUCGACUCAUAUGGCGAGUGUCUAGCAAAUAAUCAAGAUGGAUUAUAAGUGAAAAUCAAAAACUUGCAACUCGAUGUGUAUUUUCCGGAACAAUAGAAAUCUCUUAUUUUAAUGCUAGUUUAUUAAUGAAGACUAGAGCGAUAAUUUGCAAAGAGCAUGCUUUGUGAAUUCCAUUAACUAUGAAGUUCUUAUCGACUCACAUGACUAGUGUUUAGCAAAACUUCAAUAUAUUGAGAAUCACAAGUCAUGCACUUUAAUAUGAAAUUUAAAAAAUUCUAUCGUUCCGGAAAAAUGGACAUCGAGUUGCAAGUUUUUGAUUUUCACUUAUAAGCCAUAUUGAAUUUUGCUAAACACCGUACAUAUGAGUCGAUAAAACUUUGUAUAUAUUGAGAUUCGCAAUGCACGCACUUUGCAAAUUAAAGCUCUAGUCUUCAUUAUUUAUAAAUAUAAUUAAUUUAUAAGACCUAUAAAAUAAGAUUUUAAGUUAUUAAUCAAUCUUUGACAUGUCACUUUUUAGCACUUCCUGAUAUAGAUAUACCUGUUUGGCAAGAAUAGCCCACUAAGGAGUAUUUUUAGUUCGCCAUUCUUAAAUUUGGUUAGCCAGAAAAUAUGGCAUGCCAACGAAUUUGGCAAGACAGCUAUUUUUCGGCCAACCAAAAAAUACUUCUUAGUGGGCUAUUCUUGGUAAAUAAGUAUAUCCAGCCCGUUCCUUUAAUAGAGUCUUUCUUGGUCGUUCAAUAGUCCAGUACAUUUUGCUCGAUAAAAGGGGUAUGAGCUAUAUAUUAUUUUUUAAAAAAAAAUUAACCCCCUUCAUAAGGAAUUAUUUUUGUUCGCCCACGGAUGGAGGAAGGUCAGAGUUGUGUAUGAAAAAUUCUGGAGCUUUAUUAAGAAAUCAGUAGCGAUUAAUUAUGUAUAUCUUAAACAAGCUGCCUGGGAUAGACUGAUAUCAAUUCACGGCAUCGAAUUGAAUCAAGAUAACAAUGGCUUACAAAAACCUGUUGAUCUGCACAAUUUUCAUAUAAAAACUACAUUAACGUGGAAAUUCAGUGCAAGAUUAAUAUUUUUUGGCGCAAUCUCCUUAACUUUUUAUUUUUUGGUUAUGUUUUACUUAUAUAAAAAUUGUGAAGAUUAUAUGAAAAGCCGUCCUAAGCUAUUAGAAACUAUCAAUCUGCAAAGAUCUUUGCUUUCAAGAAUAGGUUUAUAUGCAAGAGAUAUCAAUAAUGAACUUAAUAAAAAAUAUUAUCCGAAGUCCUAUAGUUUUGCAAACUCAACAAGAGAGUUUAGUUAUUUGGUUUCUCUUUAUGAUACUCAAUGUGAAUUAAUGCGCUCAAGUGAUAUCACAAACCUACUUUCUAAUGAACUUAAAGCUGCUCUUUAUGAGUCAUUUAUUUCUUCAUAUGAUCUUCUGAAGCAUGGGGCAUUUGCUGCUGCCAAUUCCAUUAUUUUUGAUGCUUACAAUAUAGGAGGUCCUGGAGGGAUCCGGUCAGAUAAAGAAAUUUCUGAUUUUGUAUCAAAUUUUACGAUUUUUCAAGAUGCUAUAGCUGAAAUAUUUGAUAUGGCUGAUGCAAGCUCCAAAGAUGUAAUUUCUUUACAGCUGACUUUAAUUACCUACACUACUGUUCUUUUUUCAGUUGGUCUAACCUUGCUAUAUUUAUUUUAUUAUUUGCCAUUUAUAAAGACACAAACGAAUUUUUUAAGAAAAACAAAAAUUUUACCAAAAAUGAUUCCAGUUUCAGCUGCUGAGAAAAAAAGAGAAUCAUUUUCUUCUCAAACAAAUGCGUUUAGUGUUGGUGAUAUAAAAUAA